AUGACAACUUCAAUAAGACACACUUUCACGCUUAAGUACAAGGAACCUAAGUUGGACAGUCUGAAGGGUUUGAUCUCUGAUUUGUCUCUCAGCAGACGUGAUGAGUUUGGAAAAAGCUAUGGGAAAAUUUUGAGCCUUCUAAAUAAGAAAUUUGACUAUGGAAUUAUCGGCUCUCUGGCACAAUAUUAUGAUCCACCUCUACGCUGUUUCACAUUCGCUGAUUUCCAGCUAGCUCCCACUUUGGAAGAAGUCGAGAGGAUCGUGGGUCUCAAGUUGAAAGAUUUUAAUCCGUUUCCAAAGCUCGAAGAAGAUAUGGGCCCAAAGAAGAUAGCUUCGGCCCUAAGUAUCAAUGUCCCGACUGUUCGAGACAAUUGGGCUGAAAAAGGGGGUUGCAAAGGUUUUGCCGCGAUGUUUUUGGAGGAUUUAGCUCUAAAGUUUAAGAAAAGUGGAAACUGGAAUGCAUUCUAUGCUGUGGUGGCUUUAUUGAUCCAUGGGAUUGUGCUCUUCCCAAAUGUUGAAAAAUUUGUGGAUCAAGUGGCCAUAGAAGUCUUUCUCUCUGGCAAUCCAGUACCAUUUCUCUUAGCUGACGUUUACUAUGCCCUUCACGCUCGACAUGAACAGAGGGGUGGAGUGUUGUUGUGUUGUGCUCCGUUGCUUUACACUUGGUUCAUGCAACACAUGCCUGAAGAAGGUCCUUUCGUGGCAAAAGAACUUAAGUCUCCUCAGAAACUAGCUUCUCUCACCGCGAGUUCCAUCAGAUGGUAUAUCCGAGAGUGGGAAACCCCAGACAUUAUAGGUUGCAUCAACUAUAACCCUAUGAUAUCUCGAUUACAACACGGUUACUCCAUGGAUGGUCCUCCUGACGCGAAGGACUUACAGCCAUUUGUGCUCUCUGACAUCCAAGCAAGCAAUCCUGAUGUAAGAGCAGUACGAAAGGCUUGGUUAAAGAUUGUAAGAAAGGGUAAAGAGUUUGGAAAGAGAAACAUUCUUGCCAAAGAACCUUACACGCAAUGGGUGAGAGAAAGAGUUGAGAAAAUCCAGUUGCCAUAUAUCUUAAAGGCUCCAGCUUUUCCUAAAACUCCUGAGCCCGAGCCCAUACUCCCUGAGGACAUGGAGAAACUCGUUACUAAGGUUAAGGAGCUCGAAGUGGAGAAUGCCGAUUUAUGA